GCCACCUAACAACCAGCAAAGUCCCGUUGAGACCAUGACCGCAUUCUAGAGAUUUCCAACAUCGCGAUCUCGCAGGUUUGCUGAGCGACUACGCAGGUUAUUGUGUACACUAACCACAAGGUCUUGCCUUAAAAAGUUAGCAUCCCAACAGCAGGCGUGAGAUUCCGCAGGCAGAAUCUCUUAGGGCCGCGGGGGGCUAAAAACCGCGGUGGAAAGUGACGCAGACGGUGGAAACUGGCCGCCUGCCUAGCAUUGUCAUUGGUUGACGGCUGGAUACGGUUGGAGCAGGCUGAGGUCAGAGGCUGGAAGGCUCAACCUGCACAUCCAUCAAGGACGUCGCGACCAGUGAAAUGCCCUACUAGUACUGGUAUUGCUGGAUGUGCACGCUUGCUUUCUUCAGCUCGAGCCUCACCCAAUUGCGCUCUCCAAUUGGACCGGGAUAUCAUCCGGAAGACUAAAUCCUUCCUAACAAUCGUUAACGGCUGCUCGUUCUCUAACCUCAAGAAUUCUGGACACAACUUUCGUCCGCCAACCCUUCAAGUUACCAUCAACCACCACCCUUCAGCCCGCUCUCUCGUGGUCUCUGCUCCAUUGCACUCUGCAUCCAGGCGAAAAUUUUCAUACCCAAUCGGUCAAGUGAAGAGACGAUGUUCAAUUGAGUUGACUCAAACGACAUUUGGGUCGACGCCGUUCUCAAAUAAUGGUGUUGAACAGAAUAUAUCAUUUUCCACCAUCGCUCUGUCACCCUUGCUCUCUUUAACUCCCUGCCAUGCCUCUCUAUCUCACCGCGGCCCACUCAUCACGCAUCACUAAGCCGGCCCAGAGAUCCGACCCCUUUAGUCGUCGUCAUUCCUCCUCGCCUUUCGCGAGCGUCCCCCGGACCAAGGCGUCGUCGCAAAGGACCAAGUCUCUAUCCGAUGCUCUUGGCAAAGACUUGGAUGAAGAGGACGACGAGUCGGAGGAUAGGCUUGUGCCCAGCGGCAAGAUUUUGACCACCAUCUCCGUGGACUCGGCCAAAGAUGUCCUAUCUGCUGUACAGCACGCCCGCGCGUCCAUGUUCGCCGCUAUCCCGGAGAGGGCGGGCAUGAACAGCGUGCGCAUUUCCGAAGUAUUGAACUUUCAAAGGAACAUGCCGCCUAUCGUGACACUGGCACAUGUGCAUGCCUUGAUUGCCGCCUCAUCGAAGACGGAGCGCCAGAUCGCUGCUUUGCAAUCAGCUGGUAAGCUGCGCAAGAUCAAGGUAACCGGUCGUGGUAACGACAUCAGCGGCACCAGCGAAGUUCUGAUCACCAUGAAUGAUCUGCAAGCCCUGCUUGAGCGAAGUGCCGUUGCAUCAGACAUUGUAACAAACCUCUGCAAUGUGCUCCGCCGUCAACCUCGUGCUACCUCCAUCUCACCCCGAGACCUCCCUCCUUCCCAUGUGGUUGCUCUUACUCGAGCAGGUUUUCUCGUAUCUGCAAGCCCUUCCGGUUCCCGCAAUCUGUCUCUUGCCGGUUCCUCGCUGGUCUCCGCACCCAAGAUCUCCCGAGCGGCUUCAGGCACAUCGGAUGCCGUUGGCGGCGACGCCGCUUUCGAAAAUCUUGGUGGGGUCGGGACUGCCAGGAGGCAUCAACUUAGUCUCCGCCCCAUUGAGAGCAUCCAGGGAAGCGAACUAAGCUUAUCGGUACCGAAUAUUGGUCCGUACCUAAGACUUCUAACUGCGGGUCGUGCACAUCUACUCGAACUGUUAGGGAAGUCGAAAUACAGGGAAGGGCCCUUAUACCUCCUGCGCGAGCGUUGGGACGGUGCUGUCGAUUCCGACAACCGCAUCUCCGUCGCCAAGCGCAUCAGGGGAGAGUUCUCAGGGGUGAUGCCCGCCAGAACGAAGAAGUGGAAAGAUCUGUAUGGUCUUAACUUUGACUGGGUGGUCGAAGAGUGCCUUGGCGCCGGCUUGGUUGAGCUUUUUGAAACUCGAAGUGUAGGAUUGGGCAUUCGAGCCUUGACAUGAAUGCAGCAGGGACAAAGUCGAUUGAGCUAUUCCGACGUCUUUGGACCUGCUCUGACACUGUCAUGGGCUGGUCCUGUUCCAUGCCGCUCAGACCGCAUAUUGAACACCUCAAGGCUUUGGUCUCCUCGAAGGCACUCACUGCCACGGGCCAUCAUCUUCCUCAGAAGCCAGAUAUGCGGAGCUGCAGAGAUAGUUUUACUAUCGGUUCAACAGAAAGCGACAUUGCGCGGUACAGCACUUGAAAAGCCUGCCAUUGCUCGAAUGCAACACACCAUGGGCUUCGCGGCGGGGCGCAGAAUAUGGUGCGCUGGGAUAUUUACACCAAAGAUGUAAAGAGAAAUCCCAAAGGUUCAAAAAUCGCUCCGCAAGUUGAAGCGGCUGUCUGCAGAUUGACGGAGGCUUCCAGACCGGCAGAUGUGGCCUUUUUUGAGCGGCAAACACCCGCUGCUCCGGACCAGGUCCCAAGAAGAGGACUUGGUCAUCCAUUGUGCACACUGCGGCCGUCUCUGCAUAGCUCCUAUGGAAUAUAGGGUAAUGAUAUACGACACCAUGUUACAUUGGGUGGCGGCAAACAUUCCUGAUACAUAGUCUUGCAGAAAAAUGGCUAUGCUCAACAUGGACGGUCAAUAAGCAACGAAGGGGGACCUUUGCCCCAGCAUAUAUGACAUUGAAUAUACUCAAAGCAGCGUUAAGCACUGCCAGAAUAAUUUGUUUGUACGAAUA